UUUAAUUGUUUGUUGUUUUUAUUGUUUGUUGUUUUUGGGUUCAUAAAUGAAACAAUAAGACUGAAAUCAAACAACUGAAGAGAAAAAAAACUUUUAAUAUUCCAUCAAAUGAAUUGAUCCAAUAGAGUGUCAAUAAAAAUGAUUGAAAACUGAAUUAGAGGAGGAGGAGUGGUGGUGGAGGAGGUGGUGGAGGAGGAGGAGGAGGAGGAGGAGGAGGAGGAGGAGGAGGAGUGGAGGAGGAGGAGGAGGAGGAGGAGGAGGUGCUCAGCAGAGCCUCGUUGCUCCUCCGUCAGUCAGCUCCAACAUUUGCACCCAGCAGCAGCUCCAGUGUGUCGGUGUGUGUGUGUGUUCGCUGAUGGAGGAGGUCUUUGUCCAGCAGGAGAAACUUUGAGGAGCUUCAGUAGAAACCAGCUGCGGACAUGAAGCUGAGUGGAGGAGGAGCAGGAGGAGCAGGAGGAGCAGGAGGAGCGGCGGCGCUGCUGCUGCUGCUGCUCGGCCGCUGCUGCUGCACCAGCCCCGGCAGGAGAGUGUGUCAGGGGAUGGGUAACCAGCUGACGUUGUUGGGGAGUCGUGAGAAUCACUAUGAGAACAUGGUGCGGAUGUACUCCAACUGCUCCGUGGUCCUGGAGAACCUGGAGAUCACCUACAGCCUGGAGCACCAGGACCUGUCCUUCCUGCAGUCCAUCCAGGAAGUCGGCGGCUACGUUCUGAUCGCCAUGAACGAGGCCGCCACCAUCCCAUUGGUCAAUCUGAGGCUGAUCCGGGGUCAGAACCUGUACGAGGGUCAGUUCGCUCUGCUGGUGAUGUCCAACUACAACAGGAACCACUCGUCUCCAACGGUCAACUACACCAGCGGACUGAGACGGCUGCAGCUCAGCAGUCUGAACGAGAUCCUGACAGGAGGGGUGAAGAUGACCUACAAUCCUCUGCUGUGUUACGUUGAGACGAUCCAGUGGUGGGACAUUCUGGACAGAACCAGCAAUCCCAUCAUGCUUUUCAAGAUCGAGAACUUCACGCAUAACUGUGAGACGUGUGACCCGGGGUGUGUGAACGGGUCGUGUUGGGCUCCAGGACCGGAUCACUGCCAGAGAUUCACCAAGCUGCAGUGUGCCGAGCAGUGCAGCGGAAGGUGUCGAGGUCCAAAACCCAUCGACUGCUGUAACGAACACUGUGCUGCAGGCUGCACUGGACCUCGAGCCACCGACUGCCUGGCCUGCAGGCACUUCAACGAUGAUGGAACCUGUAAGGACGCUUGUCCUCGACCGACGAUCUACGACCAAAAGACCCACCAGGAGGUCAACAACCCCAAGGCCAAGUUCGCCUUCGGGGCGACCUGCGUCAAGGCCUGCCCACAUAACUAUGUGGUGACAGGUGGAUCGUGUGUUCGCACCUGCAGCGCUGGAUCGUACGAGGUGGAGGACAACGGAGUCCAGCGCUGCAAACCCUGUGAGGGACCCUGUCCUAAAGCCUGUGACGGAGUCGGGGUCGGCACUCUGACCAACACUCUGGCCAUCAACGCCUCCAACAUCGAAUCCUUCAGGAACUGCACGAAGAUCAACGGGGACGUCUCGCUCAUCCAGACCACCUUCAUCGGGGACGCGCACUACAAAAUCCCGCCCAUGGACCCGGCUAAACUGGAGUACUUCAGGACAGUGAAGGAGAUCACCGGUUUCCUGCUGAUCCAGUCGUGGCCGGAGAAUCUGACCUCUCUGUCCGUGUUCGAGAACCUGCAGAUCAUCAGAGGGAGAACAACUCGAUCUCAGCACAGUCUGGCGGUGGUGAGGGUGAAGAACCUGCGCUGGCUCGGUCUGCGCUCUCUGAAGGAGGUGAGCGCCGGCCGGGUGAUGCUGAAGGACAACUCCCAGCUGUGCUACACCGGACCCGCCCACUGGCCCCGCCUCGUCAGAUCCAGAGACCAGGUCAUCACCGUACGCAACAACGCCCCCCCUGAAGACUGCGAGCAACAGAACCAGACCUGUGACUCAGAGUGUACAGGUGACGGCUGCUGGGGUCCCGGUCCGAACAUGUGUGUCUCCUGUCGACAUUUCAACCGCAGGGGGCGCUGUGUGCCGCUGUGUAACCUGCUGCAGGGCGAGCCCAGAGAGGUGGAGGUGAACAGCAGCUGUGUGGAGUGUCACCCUGAGUGUCUGCUGCAGACGGGCGGCCCGACCUGCCUCGGCCCGGGUCCAGACCAGUGUUCCCAGUGUGCCCAUCAUAAAGACGGUCCUCACUGCGUGCCGCGCUGCCCCCACGGCGUUCCAGGAGACGGCGACACGCUGAUCUGGAAAUACGCCGACAAGACGGGCCAGUGUCAGUCCUGCCACCAGAACUGCACCCAGGGGUGUUCCGGUCCUGGACUGUCGGGAUGCAGCAGUGCUCCCACUCACUCCACGAUGGCGGUGGCCGUGGUGGGCGGGCUCCUGAUCGCUGUCAUCGUGUCGCUGGUGAUCUUUGUGCUGCUGCGGCGACGACGAAUCAGGAGGAAGAGGACGCUGCGGCGCAUUCUGCAGGAGAGAGAGCUGGUGGAGCCGCUGACUCCGAGCGGCCAGGCGCCGAACCAGGCGCUGCUGAGGAUCCUGAAGGAGACGGAGUUUAAGAAGAUCCGAGUGCUCGGCUCCGGAGCCUUCGGGACCGUCUACAAGGGCCUGUGGAUCCCUGAGGGAGAGGACGUCAGGAUCCCAGUGGCCAUCAAAGUUCUCAGAGAGGCCACGUCACCGAAAGCCAACAAAGAAAUCCUGGAUGAGGCGUAUGUGAUGGCCAGCGUGGAACACCCUCACGUGUGUCGCCUGCUGGGGAUCUGCCUGACGUCGUCGGUCCAGCUGGUGACUCAGCUGAUGCAGUACGGCUGCCUGCUGGACUACGUCCGCCACCACAAGGACCACAUCGGAGCCCAGUGGCUGCUCAACUGGUGCGUCCAGAUCGCCAAGGGCAUGAACUACCUGGAGGAGCAUCACCUGGUGCAUCGAGACCUGGCGGCGAGGAACGUCCUGGUGAAAACUCCGAACCACGUGAAGAUCACCGACUUCGGCCUGGCCAAGCUGCUGACGGCUGACGAGAAGGAAUACCACGCUGACGGAGGGAAGGUUCCCAUUAAGUGGAUGGCGUUGGAGUCGAUCCUCCAGUGGACGUACACGCAUCAGAGCGACGUCUGGAGCUACGGUGUGACGGUGUGGGAGCUGAUGACGUUCGGAUCCAAACCGUACGACGGCAUCCCGGCCAGCGAGAUCUCCUCGGUGCUGGAGAGAGGAGAACGGCUGCCCCAGCCUCCGAUCUGCACCAUCGACGUCUACAUGAUCAUGGUCAAAUGUUGGAUGAUCGACCCGUCCAGUCGUCCCAAGUUCAGGGAGCUGAUAUCAGAGUUCUCAAAAAUGGCCAGAGAUCCGUCCAGAUACCUGGUCAUACAGGGUGACCUCCCCAGUCCGACUGACAGCAGGUUUUACUCUCGCCUGCUGAGCUCAGGUGACAUGGAGGACGUGGUCGACGCUGACGAAUACCUGCUGCCGUACAAAGGAAUGGGUAACCAUGACAACCGUCCCUGCAGCGCCACGAACGGUCGUCCAGUCAGAGAGAACAGCAUCGCUCUGCGUUACAUCACUGAUCCCACACACAACCCUCUGGAUAAAGACGACUUCACCGUCCACGACUACAUGAACCAGAGCAUGAGUGAAACCAGCUGCAGCAGCCGGCUGUCAGACGUUUUGAAUCCCAACUACGAGGACCUGAGCCUGGGCUGGGGUGCCGCCUCGCUCCCCUCCCCGCUGGAGGAUCUGAAGGCUUUCGCCCGAGUUCCCGAGGCGCCGGAGUACCUGAACACCGCCCAGAACUCGCUCCCCCUGGUCCACAGCGACAGCCUGGACAACCCGGACUACCAGGCGGACUUCCUGCCGCAGGCCGCGUCCUCCUCCGGUAACACUGCUGCUUUAACGGGGAACGGCCGGUUCCUGCCUGCAGCGGAGAACCUGGAGUACCUGGGUCUGGGUGCUGCGCUGCAGGCGCCGAUCCGCUAGAGGCCAGCACCGUAUAGACACAGCAACAAACUGAGACCCACUUUAAUUCAGACUGCUGACAGUUUUUAAAUCAGCUGUUUUUACUGUUAUGUUGCUGAAUGAGCAGCAUUUUCUGUUACACUGGAACACAACCUGCACACUGACAGUUGCUCAACGGCACUCAGACAGUUUCUGAGGAGGAGGAGACCCGGGGAUUCAAACUCUCAGACUGGAAUAACAGCUGUAUUAUAUUGUUAGAGGUUGUGAUGGAAGGCAAACAGCUGACGAGAGAGUUGGACGAUUGAUCUUUCCACUGUCUCCUGUUUGUCUUCCUCUCGGGCUCGGGACCAUGUGGACGGGUGCAGAUCGUCCCGGACGCCUUCAGUCCGACUGUUGCUCCGCAGCUGACUAACUGGACCGAGCGCUGGUUCCAGCAGAGCGAGUCUUCUGUUACUAUGGUUACUAUCACCGGCUGACUGCUCGCCAGACCGAUGAAAAUCGAGAUGCAUUAAAAUCUGAAUGGACUCAAUAAACUUGCUAUUAACGGGAACACACACUAUUUUCUCCUGAUAACGCUGUGAACAAUCAGUCUGUGAAGUCGGCAGGAGGCGCUCUAGUUUGCUGUUAGCUGUUAGCUGUUAGCUGUUAGCGGUUAGCAGCGGAGUCCUGCGGUGUGUUUGGGUAACAGAGCUACCGCCACCUGCUGGACUGGAGGGCAGCUGAUGGCACAACAAACCAAACAUUCUCCAUGAAUCCCUUAAAGCCUCCCUCCAGUGUGUUUUGAUAUUCGUAUAUUUCAUAUUUUCUCUUUUGACAACUAAUGUUUUAUGCUCAAAGUCUCUAAAUUGAAGUUGUUGCUGAAAUGAAAUGAUCUGGGAGCCGUGUGUCCUCCAGCCGGGUCAUUAAAGCUCCUCAUGUCCUACAGAGGCAAACACUGAGAAGAUGUUUCUGCAUAAUUAGUGUUCAAGUCUAAAAAGUCUGAUGUUCUGGUACGACGACUCAUAUUCAACUGAUCCGGACUAGAAACAUGAAACUUCCUUUGUGUUUCCACCAGCACGAGCUGAUUUGCUUUUCCAGUCACCAGUUUUACUGCCGAGCCGGCGAUGGACCUGCUCCAGAGUAGAGCGGGCCCAUCUCGCCUCCAAGCGGGUCUCACGACCCAUAACAAGCACCGCUCCCCCUCAGGUCCAUACUGAACUCAGAUCUGUGCAGGAAACCUGAGAGAGAGUCUGUGUUCAGCUUCUAACUGGAUCCAUGAUGUCGUCUAUCACAACAUGGUUCUGGUGCACCAGUGGACUGGACAGAACAGAACCUACUGUGGUACUUCAGCUGAGUACAGUAAGACUUCUGCUUCCUCUACAUCUGUCCCUCCUCAACAUUUACAUUCAUGUUUUAAAUUAAACUAAAAACUUGACGUUUAAAUCAAGACUCAAAUAUUUAAAACUUAAAUAUUCACAUUCACAAAAAAAUGUUCUGAAGUGAACUUGAAUCACCAAAGAAGAAGAACUGGAGAUGUUUUCUUCUAAAUGUCACAUGACACGAUCUGAAGCUGGUUCUGUAGUCUCGGUACCAGCAGCACCGUGGUGCCGCCUGCUGGUGCUGUGGCGGCUCUGCAGCUCCAGUCUGAGAACAGGAUGUCUUGAAGCAGAUAGAAGGACGUUUGUAAGUGUUGAAUUUAUACAGCUAACAGUUAAAACUCCUCCUGUGAAGACAUAUUUAUACGUCUACAGCUGAACACUGUUAACUAACAGCAGGUUGUCUCUAAACUACUGCAGUCAUGCUUUUGAAAUGCCUGAUGGGUAAUUAUUUUAUUGAAUAUUACAGUCAACUGUUGUGAAUUUGAAUUUAAACAACAUUCUGGAGCUGAACUAUGAAUUUUCUUUUAAAAUGGCACAUAACAAGGUAACAUUGUAUCAGGAAACAGUAUCAAAAAGUCACUGAGCAAUCGGAUACUGUAAAACAAUGCUAACAUGCUAACAAGCUCAAUAUGGCUGGGUAAACUAGGGAAAAAAUACAACAUGAUCAUUUACAUCAUCAUGAUGUAAGUUUACACCAACAUACUGUAUUUUCACAGUAAGUUCUGGCAGUAAAUUACUGUAGUUAUGCGUUUGCAAUGCCUGAUGGGUAAUUAUUUCCUAGAAUAUUUCUCCGAUUCUGAAGCAGCUAUGGCAGAAUGUAAAGUUGGUACAUUACACUGAAAUCAGGAUACAACAUCACACAGUGACUGAACCAUCAAAUAUAGUUUUACAAGGUACAGAUGCUAACAUGCUAACAUGCUAACAAGCAAUAUGGUUGGGUAAACUAGAAAAAAACUACAAAAUGUGAAAAACAACGUGAUGAUGUAAAUUUACAUCUGUAAACUGUUUUUACAGUAAAAGUGUGUCGGCUACUUUACAAGCACAACAUCUCACUGUGGUUCAUCACCUGUAGAAUAAUUACAGUAAUAAUAAUAUUACAGUAAUAAUGUUAAGGGCUGUAUGUUCUGAUUGAUCCAGCGGGGGAGUUCUGGUUGUUACUGAAACAUCUGGAAACACGUGAAUCUGCUCUGAGCUUCACCUCUGUGUUAUAAAGCCUUCAGUACGUGUGUGUAAAUGAACUUUAAAUGUCUUUAUUCUGGUUGUUAAAUCACUUCAUACUGUUAAAUCAUGACCCGGACCAGUUGUGUGUGUCCAGAUGAACAUUAGUGCUCACAGUGUGGAUGUACAGUGUUCGUCCUGAAGGUUUCUGGUUGGUGUCACCAGUUAAAUCACAGUAAAAGUUCAGUCUUACUUUUCUUCCCUCGCUUGACUUGAAGACUGAAGCAGAGUUCAGGUUUGUGUACAGAGUUUUUUUACUUGACGAGAAUGAGCCAAACUUUUCUGUCACUGCACGAUUCUGUAAGUGUUUCUGCUCGUCGCUGUUUGUCACUGCUGUUAGUGGAGACCUGUGGAGGCUGCUUGAUGAUUAUUAUUCAGGUUCUCGAGGACGUUCAUCUUUAUCUCAGGAGAACAAACAGAGCUGAUGUUUAAGGCUGAUGGAGUCCUCUCAGGUGAAGACCGUCUGCACGUCCACGGCUCAUAUUUAGUUUUUGAACCCAUUCUUCUGACAUGAGAGGUGAUUUUUCUUGGUUUCUUCAGAGGUUCUCUCUCUGCGUUCUCGAUACUUUCAUGUGUUUCAGGACGAGAGAUGAAUAUCUGAUCAGGACUAAAGUCCAACUCAAGUAUCAGAGAAGAAACAAAACAAACUUACAUCUUUAGAUCUUUGCAUUAAGACAAACUUGAACUAUGACCAGAAGAAGAAACUCUGCCUCACUAGUUUUUAUCCAAAUAUGCCAAAUUUCCAGAAAACUGUCAAAAGAAAAUGUGAAAGUUUUUGUAUCCGUCCCCUGCUGUGAAUAAAAGAGCCAAACCUGAUGGAAAUCAGACGGUUUUGUCAGGUUACUGUGUUAAUGUGAGGAAAGUCACAGUCUCACAGGCACAAUAUGGAAAAUAUGAAUACAAAGAACAGAACAGUGAUGUGAGCAGAGAGUCCAACAACAGUCUGAACUGACAGACAUCGAGUUAAUGAGCCUAAAAGUAAAAAUGAAUAAUAAUCAUGCAGGACGACACUGAGCCUCCACAGAAUCACUGAGGAUCACGUUGUGUAAAUGUGUGUAAAUGUUUUAUUGUGCCGCGUUUCAACUUGAAGUGUUGUUAAAUGUGAACGAGUUGUGAAGCCACAGUUGGUCUGUGCUGUUUACAGGCUUCAGCUCACCUGCUAACCAGGACGCCAUCUUGUAGAAGAAACAUUAAAGUUGUAGUUUCUGUU